UAGGUUCAUCGAUCACAGUAGACUCUGGUAAGAUCGAGACCACCACAAUCAUGAUCGAUGCUGCUCUAGGAUUGGAUACUAUCAUGACAUUCACAUGGGCGGCUAACCCCAUCAUCACCACUGAAGUGACAGGACCAGACGGAACCGGUUUGGACAGCAACGAUCCAGAAUGUAAUAUGAAUACGAGCUCGAAAAUUACAACCUUCACCAUCGGAGAUGCUGAGGCUGGCUUGUGGGACAUUGAAUUCAGUAACCCAGACAAUAACAUCUUUGCAGAAGAAGUUAGUAUAAACGUGAUCUCCAAACCUCGUUCGGGAAAUGUUUAUCCGCCGGUUGUCAAUAGUUUCUUAGGAGCAAAGAUAGUAAACUACACGUUAUUUCCCGCGGUAGAGGUCUAUGCCUUCGUCCAUACCAACUACCAACCGGUGGUCGAUGCGACGGUGAUUGGUACAGUAGAGAGUACAACAUCAGGGGAUAUGACAAUCAUCCCACUCCGGGAUAAUGGACUAGGAGCUGAUUUGAUCACUGGUGAUGGUAUUUACUCGGCUUAUUUCCUGGACUUCUCUUCAAAUGGACGAUAUGGCGUCAAGGUAGAUGUAAAUGGAAAAACAACAUCUUCAUCAAAUGGCUUCCAGCGAACAACUACGGCGGGUGUCUUCCAAGUCGAGAACUACUCCCCGGAUCUGAAUGUUGACAUCUUGGCACCAUCUAAGAUCACUGACUUUACGAGCGUUGAGAGAACUUACGAUGAGAAUAGAAAUGUAACAUUGGUAUGGACAGCUGUGGGGGAUGAUUUGGAUCAAGGGACGGCUGCCUCUUACGAGCUCCAUUUCUCAGAUAACUUCACCCAACUCCGAACCAACUUUACCUCUACUUCUGCCAUUAGCGAUACAGAUCUCAGAGUCGGUAGCCUCUCUCAAGUCGCUUCUUCUGGAAGUCUUGAAUCCAUCUCGUUUCUUCUGCCGGGUGAAGACUCGGACGCUAUCUUUUAUUUUAUGAUAAGAGCCUGGGAUGAGGCUGGCAACGCGGGUCCUUUUUCCAACAUUGUGUCCGUUUCAUUACGUCGGCUCCCUCCAACCAGCAUAGCGCCUACUUCCAAAUCACCAGGAGGAUUACAGUUAUACAUCAUAUUUAUCAUUGCAAUUUCCUGUUUCGUGUUCUUGGCUUUACUCACUCUUUCCAUUGUUAUUGGGGUGAUCCUUAGACGUCGCAACGUGCGUUAUGUUUAGUCGCGUGCAUUUGAGUGUCCGAAAGUCCACACACACAGCUUCAACACAGGGAACAGUGGUUUUCAUGGACGUAAUAUUGCAGAAAUCCGUGUAUAUCUUUAUAAUUAUUAAUAAUCUCACACCAGAUUGAUAAUAGUGUGAACAUUUUAUCCAAUUCCAUUAAUUUGAUGUAAAUAUUAUUACAAUUAAUUCACUCUUUACGUCUUGCUGUUCAUUUGAAAGUGUCCAUGUUCACAACUCUUGCUAUGACAAAAGGUCUGAAAUCACCCAUAUUUUCGAGACCCUGGCACCUUUGUUUUCCCAGUGGAAUAUUCCUAAAGGUCAAAUAGGUCGAUGCUAAAUAGAUUACCUACAGUUUGAUGUAUAAUACUUUAUGACUGGUAUAAUGGUUACAUCUCAUUUUCCCCCCAAACUUUGAGAUCGAGCAGGCAGAACAUGGCAUAUUUCUGUGUCCAACGUCACGUGACUAACGUAUGAUAGUUUCCGUUCCUAGACCCUUUUCAUUUGUAACAAUUAAUACAGCCCAAAUAAACUUAAUUAAAGCAUUUAAUGUUGAAAGUAAAAAUGUUCUUCUACUAUAAAGCUUUGCCUACUGAUAUUUAUAAUAUAGCUACAGUUUGCGGAAGCAAACAUCGAGUCCGGAAUUGAUUUUGAUUUGCAAUAGGGUCUGCGUAAGUAUACUAUAUACUACAGUGGCGUACCGUGGGUCACGAUAUUGGGGGGCACCAGGAAAAUUUUUGAGUCACUUAAAAGGCCCGGUCACAUAUAGCCCGACGCACGACCCGCGCAUUGAAAAUUGGAAAAUAGGGCCAGUGCGUCGUUGUGCGCUCAACUCCUGUCAGAAUUUGUGUCAAGCCUCGCGAACUUGCAUGAAUACAUAACAUAUUGCUAACGCGCUGCGCGUAUACUGGGCGCAUUUUGACCGUGCACGGAGCGCAUAUACAAAACCUCCCAACGAAUGCAUCACGUAUUGCGAGCGUGUUGAACGAAUGGCUAGCGCAUGCACUGCGAGUUC